CUGCAUCACAGUGUAGCUCGUGUCGCACGAUGACCAUGACCGUUCUCUUCACUCUCCUCGUCCUCUCAGCCGUGGGAGGGGCCGCCCGUGACCAAGUGUGCAGCUACCAGGACGUCGUGGACCACCUCAACCUGACCACCAACACCAAAGCCUUCCAGCUGACCCGGCCCGUUCUGGACCACACUCGGCCAACGUUGGUGGAGCUCAACAUCAUCCUUUACGCCAUCCUGGACGUGAUUGAGAAAACACAAACCUUCAUCCCGUUCAUCUGGGCAUCCAUGAUUUGGCACAAUGAGCGCAUCUUUUGGGACCCCGCUCAGUUUUGCGGAAUCACUGAGUUUUCCAUUCCCAACGACAUGCUGUGGAAACCAGACAUCUUCAUCCAGGAGAUGACUGAGAAGGACAACUCCCAUCCCAGCCCUUAUCUGCUCAUACACCACGACGGAAAGGUCAUCUUUGAGCAGGACAUGCGGGUGGUGAGUACGUGCAAGAUGGACGUGCACAAGUUCCCCUUCGAUACUCAGCGGUGCAACAUGUCACUCGGCUCUGGAGCUCUUUGCUACGAUCAACUACGAGUCAUCCCCGUGGUCAACUCGUCACGGGCGACCGAGUUUUCCAAAGAGUUGCUGCAGUCUCAGGGAGAGUGGGAGUUCCUGCAUUUGUCCGUCACCAGCUACAAUCUCAGUUUUGACGGACGCGUGUGGGAGCAGCUGGUGUUCACUUUUGUAAUCAAAAGGCGGCCGCUCCUGCACGUCAUCAACUUUCUGCUACCAAUCCUCUUCUUCCUGUGCCUGGACCUGGCCUCCUACUUCAUCCCGGUCCACAGCGGCGAGAAGUUGAGCUUCAAGGUGACGGUGCUCCUCGCCAUCUCCGUGCUGUUGCUCAUCCUCAACGACAUCCUGCCCUCCAUGUCCAACAAAACGCCGCUCAUAGCCACCUACUGCAUUGUCAUUUUCGCCCUGAUGCUGCUCAGCCUGCUGGAGACCAUCCUGGUGAUCUACCUGACGGAGGGGGUUGCCAUGGAGAAGCUGGCUUGCUGUGCAGACAAAGCGGAAAAAGCUACCGUAGACAAAUCCAACACAACGAAAGAGAGACGACAGGCGGGAUCUUUGUGCACGUGCGUGUCCAGCGGCGAGAAACAGCACGAGAUGCUACCUGUCGUUGAGGAGGUGAACAACGGUGUGCUCAGCUCGGAGUCUCAGGUGUUACUGCUCGUCAUGGCCGAGCUGACCGAGCUCCAGAGGAUGCUGAGCGUGCACCUAAACUGCAGAGAAGACGGAGGAAAGGCGAUGCGCUUGGCAUCCAAAAUCAACAAAGCCUUCUUCUUCUUCUACCUUCUCACCGCCUCCCUCUUCCUCUUGUUUCUGUACCUGGAGUGGACCAGUUAG